CUUGUCUAUUACUUUACCGUCUGUGCAUUUUCUUCCUAUACUUAACGUACUUGAUUAAUUUCCUUUUCGCAUCUCUACAACUUAGGUGUAUUCUUAUGAUGUUCCUUGUUCACUAAAUAAAUCAUUUCUAUACAUGUACUUAAAUGACAACGCCUGUAGCUCUUCCAGAGUUAUUACCUGUCCCAAGCCCAGGUAAAGGCAGACCAUUGGGCAUGGUGUCGGCAACCACAUCCUGCAGAAAACAAUCUUGCUAAAAACACACCAACUCUGCCUCAUCAAGAUACCAAAGAAAGGAGAUCUGAGCAAAUGCGAGAACUACCGAGGAAUCACACUACUGUCAGUACAAAGAAACGUUUCCAACAGUGCGUUGCUGAACCACAUGAAAGAUUUUGUAGACGUCCAGCUUCGAGAUCAAUAAGCUGGAUUCCGUAAGGAUCGGUCAUGCACAGACCAAAACAUGACACUACGGAUCAUCGUUGAAAAAUCAGUUGGGUGGAACUUACCACUAUACAUCAACUUCAUUGAUUAUGAGGAAAGCAUUUGACAGUGCUUGCAGGAGAACAUUAUGGGAACGUUUUCGACACUAUGAUGAUGUACCUGAGAAGAUUGUCAACAUACGACGGACUACAUUGCAGAGUCGUGCAUGGAGGACAGCUGUCAAAUACAGUCCAAGUAAGGACUGGAGUUAGGCAAGGCUGCUUACUCUCACCCUUCCUCUUUCUUUUCGUAGUCGACUGGUUUAUGAAAACCUCGACAUCGGAGAGGUAACACGGAAUACAAUGGACAACUUGCAUGCAACUAGACGGUUUGGACCUCGCAAAUGACAUAGCUUUCCUAUCUCAUACACACCAACAAAUGCAGAUGAAGACAACCAGUGUAGCAGAAGCCGCCGCAUCGGUAGGCCUCAACAUACACAAAUGAAAAAGCAAGAUCCUCAAAUGCAACACAGAGAACAGCAUCACAAUCACACUUCAGAGGUACCAUUUUAUGAUGGAUACCAACUGUUGUACUGACACUAAACGUUAGUAGCUUGACUUCAUAAAUCCAUAUGUCACAAGGAAUCAGUCGUCAUAAACAUAAGAUCUGGGACAUAUGUGGAUCAAUUCAAGUCGCUGCACAAAAUCAUCACAGUGAGGUGAAGUCAACAAGAUGGAUAAUUAAGGUGUCGAGAUAAAUGUAGUAACAUUGAUUAUAAAAAAACACUAUAUAUUGUUUAGAAAGAGGGAAUGGAAUAAAGUGUUUGAAAUAGUAUCGAAAUUUAAAACUUAGAGGAAUAUAAGAAAUUAAUGCAUUUGCAAUCGAUUUUAAACCACAUCAUCCAGAGCUUCUAGUGAAAGCCGUUUAUGUAUGUACUUAUCGUUGGGAAUAUAUAUAUUCUAUGUUGAAUUAAUGAUCUUCUUUCUUGUUUUGCUUUAAAGCAAUACGGAUCAGUUAAACACUCCUGUUGUGGGUUCAAGCACUCCUAUUCAUUCAAAUAAUGAAUCUGUUCAGUUAAACAACUCAUCUAUUUCAUCAGGUUCUAAAAACCACAGUCUUCGACUUCGACUUAGUCGACAAGGGAGUCAACUCAUUGUUCUACCUCUGUCUGACUCAAUUGAUAGCUCAUUUCAAGGUUUAAAUACAUCGCAAAAGGAAGCAGCUUUCGAUAACGAAUGUCAUAAUACUAAUUGGUAUUCUUGGGCUAACCAAUUGUUAUCUAAUGGUGAGCGGAUUAUAAGCGCAUGGAUGUCAAACGAUGAAUCUAUGGUACUUUCUCCUCGCUUCAAAAAUAAUACUUCACCCUCCGAUUUGAAGGAACUGGUUCAUGAAUUAUUGGAUCCUAUCAUUAAUGAAUUAAAUAAUGAGUUAAUUAAAUCCAAGUUACAGUUUAUUCAUAGAUUGUUAAGUAUACUUGCUCAUACCGUCAUGACUCGAUCAAGUAAUACUAUUCGAAAUUUCAUAGCUAUGGAGCUAUACAAUCAAUGGUCUGAACAGCUGCAAACAAAUGUAUCAGAACCUGAUUUCUCCUCAACCCCCUAUUGUUCUAAUUCGAAAACACCUCCAUCUUGGUCAAUCGAAACAGAUAAUUCAUUGUAUACCUGUAGAGAUCCGCCUACACUGACACUUGCAUCUUCAUCACUCAAUUCAUUAUCGUCUAGAAAAUCCAGUGAUACUGUGAAAUCUACUCCGCCAAUUCUACUGGAAGUUCGUAGUAUGAAUACUCCAACAGAAAGUGAAAGACAAAAACGGAGCCAUUCGAGUGUUGAAGAUAAUAAUGAUGAUUUAGAUAUUUAAAUUUAGUUCUGUACAUGUUAUAUCUCUCAACAUAUUUAAUAAUACUUUAGCAUGAUAUCUACGUGACUUAAUUUUGUUUUGUACAAUUUUUCCCAUCAAUAAAUUUGAAUGGAGCGUAAAGCUUUAUUCGAAUUUAUAUUCUUUUCUCUUAUAGAUGAUGACAUUAUAUGCAUUUUUAUUUCAAUAUACAGUAGUACUUUAUUUGCAUGAGGAAAUCAGAUGUUAUGUAACUUAUAUUCUUUGAAUUGCACAUCUCACAUGAUCUCUCCUGUUAGCCUCACUACAUCUGAUGCAUUUCGGGCAACAUGUUCGGUUUGUUGAAUGCGAUCGAAAGGAACUAAAGUCAUUAUCUACGCUGUGAAAAAUCUCCGCAAGAUGCUAUUCGGCAGAUAGCUUACGUUACUAACAGACUGUAAACCGAUACUGACAGUUUUGGGGCCCAAAAAGUGUCCCUGUUUGUGUGGAAAACCAUCUACAACGAUGGGUAACCACAUUACUGGACGGAGAUUUCAAGAUAAAUUGUCAACCGACGACUGACUUCGGACAGGCAGAUGCCCACUCAAGAUUAACUGGUUUCCAGACAAAACAAGAAGAGCUGUUUGUAGCUGCCGUAGAAACUGUGACCAAAGCUCGCAGUGUUGACAGACUAAAAUUCAGGACAGCCAGUCACAUACGAGACCAUUAAAGAAACUAGCGAAAAGGACGAUACGUUGAAGAGCGUUCGUAUACUCAGCAAGUGGUUUUCACCUCAACUCCAUGGAGAGAUUGCACAAUACUUUUGUCGGAGAGACUCCUUGACAAAUGUAGUUCCGUGCAUCAUGUUUGGCCACCGGAUCGUUAUCACCAGAAUUUCUGGGCAUCAGUACCAAAAACAUUUACAUACCGGGCACCCAGUAGUAAGUAAAAUGAAGUCGCUGGCUCGGGGCUACACAUAAUGACCGUCAAUGAACUGUGAAAUAGAACAAAAGUGUCGCAGCAGUUGGUCCUGUCUAGAAUCUGCAAAGAAUCCAACUGAAGCAGGACCCCAAACAAGACCGAAUUUAGACAGGCUUUGACAAAGAAUACAUGCUUAAUUCGCUGGUCCAAUACAAGACAGAAACUAAUUGGUUGUUUAAGAUACCUUCACGAAGUGGCUGGAAGUGUGCGAACAUGACGACGGACACAACAAGAAAAUUGUCAAGAUUGUUUUCGGGCGCCGGAGAUCUUAGUUCAUGUGAUCCGCCUUUAAACGGUUCUGCUAUGAAAAUGGCAUUACGCAUCUACGAUCUUCUGCGUACCAUCAUCAGUCGAAUGAACAAGAAAGGUUCGUGGACACAACGAAAAGGGAUCAAAUUAGAGGAGGAGGUCCAGCAUAUGUGACCAGUAACUUCUCAAUAUCUUACAGAGUUACAUCCCACCAGGCAGUGACCAAGGGAAAGUCCCCAGAUGAGUGUAUGUUUGGAAGCGAAGGUCGGACAGUCUUUAACAGUAUGUUGCCACCCAGAAAGACAAAUAAACCUACUAACGAGCAUUGUACGGUCACUUUCAGCUUCCAGGUACGGUGAAGGGAUACCUAUCAAGUUAACAGGGAAUGGGAACCAGAUAUUGAACGUCGGAUGGAAAAUUAUUGUUAGUUUGGAGAACUGUCAGGAAAUGUAAAAGACGUCAAUAAAAUCCAAAGGGAUGAUAGAAAAACGACUACACGAGGCGGAUUCUUGUUUCAAAUUCCCGUGGAUCCUCCGUAUCCGCUGAAUUUCUCCACUCAUGCCGUAUUAGGGAAUUUGUAGGCAAUUGAGGAAGAAUAUUAGAGCUGACAAGCAGAAAUAUGUGGGAUACAGAGGAAAAGGUGUGAAGAGAAAAUAUUAGAGAACUACAUAACACGACGAAGAAACUAGCAGGGAAGUAUAGGAAACCAGAUAGACUGAUCGAGAGUAAGGAAGGCUAGUCACACGCUGAGAUUCAACAACAGAGAAACUCUUGGGUAGGACUUUUGGAGAACUCUUGGAUAUAUCAGCCCAGUGGGCGUACCAGAUAUCGAUGCAACAUACACAGAGACCUUCCUAUAGCUGGAAACGUUCACGUACCUGGACAGCAUGCUCGACGAACAUGGAGGAUCAGAUGCGGAUGUAAAGGGAGAGGAUUUACAAAGCGAUGGCAACAUUCCUACAAUAUACCCAAACUGGGGAAGGUUUCAGGACUAUAUCAGGAUUAGGACUAACCAUUCCUUUCACCAUUAUACGAAUAGCACCAUACCGUAAAUCAUUCCAACCGAUAUUGUAUUUCGUUCUUUCAUUUAGAUUCUAAAACUAAAACUUCUAAGCUAGUUACAACAGUACGAAAUUGAGGGAGGAUAAAUGGCAUGAAGCUAUAACAGCAGAGAUUUAGUCAGGAAAAGAUGUGCGGUCACAACGCAAAUAUGGGAAACAACUAAUCAAAUUCCAUAUGGAAAUCACUUAUGUACGAACUCUAAUAAUUUCCUUUCUAUUGUACGGCCAAUUAAUAUUUAUUGGAUUGGUCUUGAAUGUCCUUACUUUGCGUCGUGAUGGCAGUUCCGAAAGUCCAAGUAUUAGUGGUGAAACCACAGACUCAACAAGUAUAUUGAAAGCGACGACCUCCAGACAUAAGACAAUGGGUCAGUUGUCACUCAUCAUCGUACUGACGACUAAGUUGACAGACAACUCUAGCUGAAUAUAGUAAUUCAUACCAGUAGAUAUUUUUCCAUGAAAAAUCCCGUAUAUUUAAGAAUCAAUAACACAAAUAUUAUAAUUUUGAAGAGUCUUAACUGAAAACUUUUUAAGGUUACUACCGGACUCUAGAUUGGAUAAAGGAUGAGCAACCAUACGUCGUACUAAAUAAAUUAACUAAAAAUCGCUAACCAUAGUGGAAUGAUCAAACCAUUUCAACUCUCCCCAGAGAGUUGAAGGGUUUUCACAUGGGACAGUUAUGACCCCUAGUAAUAAAAGCUGAGAUGCCCAAUAACCCAUAAGGUCGACACCCUUUAUAACAAUCAGAACAACAAUAAACAUAAAGAUUUGGAGUGCUCAGACAAUGUGAGAUUGGUAAAAUCACUGGAAUGUCGACAGAAAUAGGAUGAUACAACAUGUUUGUGAUAGUAAUAAGUAAAAUUCACUACUUGGAGUAACAGGAGGACUGUUAUUAUCUUCCGAUCACGAAGAAAAUCCCCCUCUCACACACAAGGAGUUGCACUAGUGCUGUACAAACAAGAAUGGGAAGUGAUUAUUGGAUUAACACCCUACAACUUCAUACUACAAAACGAUUACGAGUGUCAUACAGUACAUCGCACUCACUAAUAUUGGUAACGAAAAUGAUAAAGAUCAGUUUCAUGAAGCUUUAGUCCAUACUAGAGAAACACAAUGAAGCACUAGACCAUCGCAAUAGGAGACACAGGGUGGAGGAAAGAAAUGACCGUGGUGAAACUGGUAGGUCUAUGUGCUUCCAACAAGACUGUGACGGACAGUGGCACUUUUCUCACAAAGCUAUAUGGGUUUUACCAAAUCACACAACAGAAAAAUAGGAUAAGCAAUUAACGGAAUGGAACUCAUUACCAUACACGGAUUCUUUUAAGUAUGAAAAAGUAGUUGAUAACGUGGAAAGGAGAAGCUGGUAAAAUCUCUGGCACAACGGAGUACCUCAGAAAAAUUUCGUUACCAUACAGAGCUCUUAUGGAUACUGAAUAGCAAAAGUGUUGCAACAGUGCACCUCACGUUUAAAUGAAGAUUGGUGUCAAACAAUACUGCCUAAUCUUACCUCCUCAUUCUUUUAGUCGUUGGUUGGGCCAUGAAGACAUCCACGUCUCAGAGGAAGUACGGAAUACCGUGGACACCCUGGACGAUUCGAACUUCAAAGGCACAAAUGCAGACAGAAAUAGCCAGUGUAGCAGUGCUCUUUGGAAAAACAGGCAUUAAGAUUAACACGAGCAGAAAUAGGAUCCUGAAGUAAAACACAGUGAACAUCAACCGAAUUUCACUUGACAGAGAGGCUCUGGAAGAGGUAAAAGCCUUUACUCACCUGGACAGUAUCCUAAAUAAAAAGGAAGACAUAAUGUGGAUAUGAAGGCACAAAUUGGUAAAGCAAGAGUGAUAUUCCUGCAGUAUAAAAAUAUCUGGAACUCAACAAAACUGUCAGAAUUCGCAACACAAGCGUCAAGAGUUCUGUUACACGAGAUUGAAACGUGGAGAAAUACCGCAAUUUCCUUCAAAAUGUACAGGUAUUUAUAAACAGUUGUCUACGCAAGAUACUUCAGAGAUAAUGGCCGGAGACCGUUAGUAAUAACCAACUGUAGCAGAGAGCAGGAAAUUAAGAAAAACAAUGGAAGUGUAUACACACUGCGAAAAUCACCAAGCUGCAUCACAAAGGACAACAAAACUUAGAGUCCCCCAAGUCAAAAGCAAGAGAAACAGAACAAAGAGAAUAUGGCGUCGAGAUUUGGAGACUGAACUCGAAGUCAUGAUUAUCACAUGGUGACAACUGGAAGGGACAGCCCAGGACGCAGUCAAUUGGAUAACUGGUAGGCAGCCUAUGUCUCUGUGAAGCUGCAGGAUAAGCAAAAGCAGAAAUUUUUAGAAGUUUUUCAUACAAUGAUCAUUAAUAAGCAAACAUCUCCAACUUUAUCUCUUAUUUGUUCAACUACAAGAAAUUUUUAUCUCAUUUUUGGCCGACAGAAGUGUUCGAGUUAAAAGGAAAAGUAUACAUCUACAUAAAAGUCCAUGACAACAAUGAAAAAGGAGAAAAAGGCAGACAUAAAUUAAGAAUAGAGUAAGAUAGAUGAUAUAACGACAAGUCGAUCAACUGGAUAGCAGAAAAUAUAACACUGUUAUGACAGUCAUAUUAAAGAUAUAGAGAAUGUGGAGAAGACAAUAUGAAAAUAACUGGCUUUGAAGGAAGAACAAGUCGAGGCUAGAUUCAAUGCAAAAAUUCAACCCUAAUUAGACUAAUUAACAGUUUUGUCUGGUAAAAAUAGACUAAAAAUAUACAACGCUGAAAAGUUUAUUGACAAAACUUGGAUUGAGCUCCGGGGAUAAAUCUCACGGUACAUUAUGAUUAGGAUUUUAUGAGUGCUUUUGAUAAAGUAGAAAUCUGCAAAUUUGUUCAUACACAGUAAAUCGACACGAGAUAGAAACAAAAGACUUGAGUAAAGUGGGUCUUAAUCCUUUAAAAAUGCUGAAGCUCCUUCCAUUUGCCAUAUUUCAAGUAAGCACCUACAAAGACCAUCAUUUCUGAUAGGAAUUCGACCGAAUUGAGCACGCGCUUCUUCAAAACCCUAGGGACAAUUAAAAUAAACAAAUGGUACUGUAAACUUAAAAUAACAGUUUGGUAGCCAUAUAAAAAACAACCAACAAAUUAAAUAACUUACAUACGCCUUUAAUUCCCUCUGUAGCUCUUCUAGAGUUACUCCCGAUCCCAAGCCCGGAUAAAAGGAGGGUUGGGCAUGGGGUUAGCGACCACAUCCCGUUGAAAACUAACUCGGUAAAAAAUCUCUAGCCAGAAAAAAUAAUUCAAACCAUUUAAACACUGACCCGUGAGUUAGGUCUUCAUUUAGAAGAACUAUGAUGCCUCAUGGUGAAAGCCGAGUUCCUUCAGAAUUCACGAGGCCGAUGCUCCUUCUAACAACUAGAGCGACAAUUUUCAUAAGUAAAUGGAACGUCCGUACAAUAUGGGAGACCAGAAAGACCAGUCAAAUAGCAACGGAAAUCAGGAGAUACAAUGUGGCAGUACUGGGAAUCGGCGAAACCCAUUGGACCCAAGCUGGACAACAAAGGCUAAAUAUAGGAGAGAUGCUGCUGUACUCCGGUCACGAAGAGGAAAAUGCUCCACACACUCAGGGAGUUGCCCUAAUGAUUCAGAUCACUACCUAGUUGUAGCCUAUUUACAAAUCUAGCUAAGGAAGAACUGAACAACUGGACAAACAACACUACAAAGGUUCAAUUCAGCUUCCUUCGAGAUACUAACAAAUUCAACGAAUUCAUGAUAGCAGUCAGUCAGCUACAACGUAGGACCAGGCACAUAUAUGCAUCGGUCCAGGUUGCCAUACCACAUUAACACAACAAGAUGAACACCGGAUUCAUAAAAGUAGUUAAUUCAGAGGUGGUAAUACGUAAAAGACAGAUUGCAAUAAGGAUAUAGUACAGGAAGAAAGAAUUAAUUCAUAGAAAGAAAGAUAUGAAGCAAUUUUAAUCUCUUACUUUAAGGGAAGAUAGAGAGUGUAUACACCGACGCCAUUGUGAUCGACUCUGAGCCAUGUCAUCAAGAGUCUCCAACCAUUGGUUACGAUAGUCACACGGACACCAACCAAGUUGUCUGCAUCUACCAACAUGGCUCACACUAGAAGUUAGUGACUUCAAGCACUGAUGCCACGUUUUGAUUUGGCCGCCCCUAACUUUCUUCCAACCAUCCCCAACACCGGUUAGCAUUGCACGUCGUGGUAAUCGGUGUUCGGGCAUACGAAACACGUGGCCCAACCAUCUCAGUCGAUGAAGAUUAACAACCUCAUCGACUGAUUUACCAUCAUUCCCUAAUACCCUGAGUCUAACUUCACUAUUACUUACCCUCUGAUCCCAGCAGACGCCAGCAAUAUUUCUGAGGCAUCUGUGGUCAAAUACUAGUAGCUUACGGGUGUCUUCUACUCUUAAUGGCCAUGUUUCGCUGCCGUAAAUUAAAACAGAACAGACUGCCGCGCAGUAUACUCAUCCGUUUAUUGAUAGACGGAUAUCUCACUUUCGCCAUAGGUGACGUAAGUUGGCAAAAGCCAAGCGAGCUUUUCGAAUCCGUGGUGAGAUUUCGUCCGAUACCAACCCAUUAGGGCUGAUCACACUUCCAAGAUAUGUGAAGUUGUCAACGCGUUCGACUACUUCACUCCCUAUCCUUAGUUCAGGUGCUGACGCAGACCAGUCCUGAAGCAAAAACUUGCAUCUAGAGGGAGAGAAGCGCAUCCCAAACAUUCUGGCAUUGUUGCUUAGUGCUACUAAAAGACUCUGAAUUCUAUCAGCGUCUUCACCAAACAGGACUAUGUCAUCUGCUUAUUCUAAGUCCAUAAGUGCACCCCUGGAAGGAGAUCAAUAUCCGAGAACUCAGUCGACGAGAAUGUUAUUUCCAUCAAUAGGUCUAUGAUGAAGUUAAACAAAAAUGGAGAAAGUGGACAGCAUUGACGGACACCACUUGAGGUUGCAAAAGCUGAUGACAGUUCGCCAUAAGCUCUGACUCGACUAGUAGUGUUCGAGUAAAGAGCCUUCACAAGGUUUAUGUACUUCUGAGGUACGCCUUUCAAUGACAGACACUGCCACAGAAUCUCGCGGUCUACCGGGUCAAAUGCUGCUUCUAAGUCUAGAAAGACCACCAUUGUCGGACGCCGGUAAGUAUCCCUAUGUUCUAGAACCUGACGAAUGGUGAAUAUGUGGUCGAUGCAGCCACUUACACUUGACUUAUUAGUUCCAGUUUCUUUUAUUAGUCUGUAAAACUGCCUUGUGUUCCCUAUAGCCGCUGCCUUUUCCAUCUCUUUUGCUUUCGUUGCCCACCACUGCUCACGGUCGUUCCUUAGACUUUUGCUUAACCUAGAUCUGAUUUGUUGUCGCUCUUCAUCGUGUUCAGAGCCUGAUGGGAUGAGUUUACGAGAAUCCAUCAGUGCAAUAGACCUUGGUUCUUUGUAACCCUGUGGUUUAAAUCACUGAUAGAUGUCACUGCUGUUUCCACAGCUGUUGCUAUAGCUUUCAAGCAACAUCUGGGUCAACCUCGUUUUCAGAACUACCUAAUUGUGACCUCAGUUGUUCCUGGAACCUACUUUUGGUUUUCUCGCUACUCAAUUCAGUUCUAAUAGGUCUUUUUACUGUGGCUUUUUGCGUCCAGUGAGGCGCAAGCAGAUGCGUGCCCGUAUUAGGGCAUGGUCGGAGUCCAAGCAGGCACUCCAGAAUGAGCAACAAUCUUCUAUCGAGCCUCUCCAACGAUGACUGAUGGCAAUAUGGUCUAUUUGAGUCCAUUGUUGGUUUGGUGUAGGGGUCGCUAUGUUAGACGAUGUCUCUCCUUAUGCUUAAAAUUUGUUUGCUAAAAAUAAACGAUUGUCUGAGCACAGUUGCAGCAGACGAUUACCAUUAUCUGUUCGCUGUGCCGGAAUACUAAAAUACCCACCUAAAUGCCUUUCUGUUUGGUUUAACGACGUGUGUCCCUAUCCUUCCGAGUUCUUACGGAGCCUUUUAGCCCAACAGCACAUAAACGACUGUUGACGGUGAUCCACUCUGACAGUGCUUGUUCCGCCCUCAUGCUUAGUGCUAUCCCUACUCCUGCCAGUCCACGAGGGCUGGCCAUCGCGUCACCAGAUACACGGAGGGUGUAUCUCGUUGUCUCUCCGUUUUGGCGAGGUGAGGUCAAGUGAAUGACCACACUGGGAUCCUGUAUGCGUGUUUCAGAGACACAGCAUACAUCAAUGGUACGAGAUUCGAGGGUUCUAGCCAAGGAAGACUGUUGACCGAUUUGACAUACGGUGCGUACGUUGAAGGCUCCAAUGUGUAGUUUGGAGAGAGGUUUCAGUAGACCUGGGACAGUGUUUUGAGCACUAGAAUCGUUGGCUGUGGUGACACUUGAGGGGAAGCCGAAAAAGGAAGUUUAGAGGUGAAAGUCGAUGUAGGAGGAAUAAUAGGAAGUGAAGACGGAGGUUGAUUAUGAAUACAAUGGUCUUGAGUACUGUUAGAGGUAUGAGGGCGGUUAUCACUUCCCGAUUGCCCACACCGUGGAAGGGUUGUUCUGGAGGUACCUGAAAAGGAAAUUGGAUUAGAGGUGGUCUUAGUGACCUGGGAGCGUGACCGCAG